AUGCUAAUCUCUGUAUCGCACAGCCCGCGCCCCGCGCCCCGCGCCCCCGCCGCCGCGCGCCGCCCCGCGCCCGCCCAAGCCGCCCGCGCCCGGGAGCUUAAAUCGUGCACUAACAUUAUGCAGUUGGUAAAGCCGCGUCGCGUGCGUCUGUGUAAGCGCGCGCCCGCCGCCCAGAGCGCGCCAGGCGCGCGCCCAUGCGCGCCGCCCAGCGCGCGCCCAGCGUGCGCCCAGCCCGCGCCCAGCCCGCACCCAGCCCGCGCCCAGCCCGCGCCUAGCCUGCGCCCAGCCCGCGCCCAGCCCGCGCCCAGCGCGCGCCCAGCCCGUUCCCAGCCAGCCCGCGCCCAGCCAGCGCGCAGU